AUGCUGGCCUUAAAGUUGACCGUGCCGGGCACCGACGGCCAGAAGCCGCCUCUAGAUCUCCUGGAGUGGUGCCGGGAGCGAGAUCGGGAGCUUUUCAACCACCUCGGAGAGUGGCUGUCCAGGUUGCAGGCUCUCUUGGACAAGACUGCCUUCGGUGGGAACUUGAAUGGCUCGGUGAAUGGCACUGGGAAGGGUGGGAGCCUACCCUGGUUCUCCGGACCCCAGGCAAGCCUUGCCACGCAAGACUCGAGCCACAAUGCUGGCUCUGUCUACGAAGUCUUGAAGGAGAGUGACCAAAAGCUCUUCGAGCUCCUCGAAGAUUGGCUUUCGCGGCUCCAAACCGUUUGCAUGGAGGAGACGGACACGAAUCCCAAGUGGAAGACGCAGGAGACCUGGAGGUCUGAAGCGAAUUCCGAAAGGACGGUGAACAAAUCUUACCAGGACGGACCAGAGAUGCCAACGACAGGUCGUCGCAACUCCGUCCAGCGGAAAUCCUUCCAUGCCCUCCAGUACUUAGCUGCUGGAUCGGCAGGAACCCAUGCCAGCCUGGACACGCUGGUCAACACAGGAUACAAGUCGACAAGUGAGCCCGAGAUCACGCCGGCGCGGCAGAUGUGGGACGAUCUCGUUGCGCUCUGCAACAUCAACCCGUUGGGCAAAGCAAAGGCGCCGCCAGCGCAUCUCUUCUCCUGGCAGAAGAAGCUCUGGCCCUUUGUGAAGUCUGGACUGUUUGAAGCAUUCUUCGGCUUCAUCAUCGUGACCAACUCGAUCUUCAUUGCCGCGCAGAUCGAAAUGGCGGCUGCGACACCAGGUGCCGCGCAGCCUGAAGUGUUCUUUAUUCUCGCCACGAUCUACACGUGGUUCUUCACAGUGGAGCUGGUGCUGCGCUUUCUUGCGGGGGGGCCUCGAAUCCUCUGCGAGGAAGAAUGGGCUUGGCUCCUCCUGGACAUCGUCGUUGUCGCCUCCAGCCUCAUGGAGUUCAUUCUCGAGAUGAUGCUCCGCGCCGAGGUGGGAAGUAACACACAGCAAGCAAAUGUAAGCACGUCCAUGCGGUUGGUGAGAGUUCUGCGAGUCGCGAAAAUCACAAGGGCGAUUCGCAUCGUGCGUCUCGUGAAGUUCAUCCGCUCUCUGAAGACGCUUCUGUACUGCAUCGGCCGCACUUUGCGUGCAAUGCUUUGGUCGGGCGUGCUUCUGAUUCUCAUCAUGUUCCUGUUCAGCCUGGUCUUCACGGACGUCUGCACUGAAAGCGUGGCGGCGCUAAGCGAGACCCAGUUGAAGGAGUCGUAUCUCUAUUUCCGUUUCGGGUCCUUGGAAGAUUCGAUGCACACUCUCUUCGCCUCCAUCACAGGCGGGCUAACCUGGAGCGAGGUGUCCGAUGCACUCGCACAGGUCGACGGCAUAUGGCGCCUCGUGUUCGAGGCCUACAUUGCAUUCUGUCUCUUCGCUGUGCUAAAUGUGAUGACCGGAGUGUUCUGCCAAAGUGCCAUCGAAAGCGCCGAGAGAGACCACGAGCUGAUCCUGCAGAAUGUCGCGCAGGAGAAGCAGAAAUAUUUUCGGGCCGUACGGAGACUCUUCUCCCAGCUGGACCGCAACGAAGAUGGAGGCAUCACAGUCAAGGAGUUCAAAGCCGCUAUGCGGGAUCCGAGUCUCCUGGCAGUUUUCGAUGCCCUGGAGAUCAACGCAGGAGAUGCGUGGGCGUUGUUUACCCAGCUGGACAGAGAUGGGGAUUGCGAAGUGUCUGUGGAAGAGUUUCUGGAAGGCUGCAUGCUCCUGAAGGGGCCAGCUCGGUCGAUCGACGUUGUCAGCAUCAAAAGGGACCUCUUUUCUCUCCAAGAGAAGCUGGAGCGCGUCCUGACGGACUUCACCGACGUGAAGGUUUUCGUUGCGCAGGCCUACAAUAUGACCCGUGCCACGUAA